GCUGUCAGCCUCAUCUAUAGCUCAAAUUUCCGUGACUCUAUACCGUCCUUGUUCUGAAACCCCUAAGGAACCAAGAUGCGGUCCACACUGGAAUACUUCAUACGGACAUACAAUGACCUCAUCCAUAGCCAAACAAUACCCGACUUCUAUCGAAAAGACCUGAGAGAGCGGCUACAGAUACUGUGCUGGAAACGCCAGGCCCCACAGAAGGUCCGCACUUCAAGAUCCGAACAUGACAGGAACCACAGAAGGUUGCAUGCGAGGGAUGCUUAUAUGAGAGUUUUGGAAAAACAUCCGGCAAUGUUUCUUCCCUUCUUUUUAGCAGUGUCAAAUCGGGCUUGUGAAGGCAUUAAGCUCGAGAAAUAUAUUGAAAUCCAUGCCACUCAGCCUAGGAUUCAGCUAAAUAACACUAUGCAGUCGAUUAUUGAACAGGAGAUUGGGAAUGCUCGGGUGUGUAACGAAAUAAAUAUACAGAAGUUAAGGAAACCCGCUACGACGAACAACCCGUGGACGCUCGCCACAUCUAAUUUAGAUGCUAUCAAGAAUGUUUUUGGCGAAUGGGUCUGCUCCGCCAUAGAGAAUUCCACAACGCGGGUGAUCGAGAGAGCGCAGUUAACAUUUUCUGGGUUUUCAGAGCCCAGAACGCGGACAGUUAGAUCGGAAUUUCCUGAAGCAAGCGCUGGAGAUGCGGCUGUCUACCUGGACAUUGGAUUUAACAGUAAAUUGAUUCUUAGCCUGUUCCCGAGGGCACAGGAAGAGGUAUUUGGGCUGUGGUAUGCUCCUCAAGGGACGGAUAUCCCCCCCUAUGCUAACUACAUACUAGUGGAUAAUGACUGCCUUACACUCAGAGGGGCGUGCGUGUCAGCUGUUUGUUCGAUCUUCGGAUCUCAAACCUGCGAGACAAUCCAGGGGAGCCAACUACGCCAGUGGGAGCUUCAUAAUUCAAUGAAUAAAAUGACAGAUUGUGUUACUGCUUAUAUAUCGCGGAGCCCCCCUCACAACAGCAUGAUACGUUUGCGUGUCAGUUUCAUGGGUGGUUUCAACAUAGCUAGAUUGUUGCAUGCAUGA